AUGUCGGCUGCUGUUCCGUCUUCCCCCGACCCCCGGCUCAAGUCGGCCGCUGUUCCGUCUUCCCCCGACCCCCAGUUGAUGUCGGCUGCUGUUCCGUCUUCCCCCGACCCCCGGUUGAUGUCGCCUGCUGUUCCAUCUUCCCCUGACCCCCGACUCGUCCAGUCCCUGUUGAUGGAGAAUCCCUGCUUGUCGGGAGGUGGAGCGAACUGUAACGUGACGUACAGUAUUGUCAAAACCGAAAUGACGGCAUCUGAAGAAUCUCCGGCUUCACAGUACGAAAAUUCCAGCCCCUCUUACACCUUACUUCAACCCAUGCAGCGGAACCCGAGUCCUGCUUUAAUGGCGGCAGUCUCAGACGAGCAGAUUGCAAGACACUUUGAGAGGUCACCACCGCCUCUCGUGUACGAUGAUUCAAUGCACAGGUGCUACCAGAACUCCUCAAGAGAACCAGGGCUCAAAAUCGAAACACACUUUGAAGAUCUUUCUCCUGCCAUACCGCCACCACACGAGGGAUAUGUGCCUCAUCAGUCCGGUCACCAACCAGAAAAUUUUGAGGAAUCUGUUUUGCGGGCACUCCAGGAAGAAAUCGAACACAUCUGUCAAAUUCUCGAAAUUUGUCCAGAUCCCACUCAAUGGACGAAUCAGGAGGUGAACAAGUGGAUAGUAUGGUACGGGGAUCAGUUCGGGGCCCCCCAAGGGAUCAUUGACAGAUUCCGUAUGAGUGGGGAGGAGCUCUGCUGCCUCACCCUGGACGACUUUAGACACAGAUCAAAGGAUGCAGGGGCCAACUUUCAUGCCCAGCUGGAUGUUUGGAAAAAUGCUUGUAAAUUAUCCUCGAGAAGAGAGCAGUUGCCAGUGGUACCACCACCCAAUUACUACAACUACAGACAGAACAGUGUUUCAUCCCCCACGAUUAGCGAAUGUAGCGAGGCCUCGGGGUCCGUGAUGAGGAGGGACGACUACAUCUUCCACCAGUCCUCCCCUGCUGAGUACCCCUCGUCCUCUAACGCCGUGCAACAACCCGUGGGGUAUCAUCCAGACUACCCAUCUCAGAACGAGGCUAUGUCGUCAUACUCCGAUUACUACAGUUAUACGGAUUAUAACUACUAUGACAGUCAACCAGACACGCCUUACACACAAACUGAUGAUCUCCCAGGCUACCCUGUAGAAUAUCAACAGAAGCAGACGAUUCAUCUUUGGCGCUUCCUGAAGGAACUUCUGCUCCAACCAGAGAGAUAUGAUAGGUACAUCCGUUGGGUCAACCGUCAAGAAGGAAUCUUCAAAAUCGAGGACUCUCCAAAAGUCGCCAAACUCUGGGGCAAAAGGAAAAAUCGACCAGCAAUGAACUACGACAAAUUAAGUCGCUCAAUACGACAAUAUUAUCGAAAAGGUAUCAUCAAGAAAACCGCCAAUUCUAAACGUCUCGUGUACCAAUUCUGUCCUGCCUAUCUGUGAUUUCUAUGAACUGUAUAUAUCGUAAAGACAGUAUUGCAUUUGUGGUUGUGAUACGAUUCGAGUACUGUGAUAUUAAAUCUAAACUGCCUGUUUUGACCAAAGACAUAUCAAACUGGAGAAUGAACGAUGCCACUACUUUUCGGGGUGGUGAAGAAAGAAGCUUCACUAAAACUGUUAGUACUAUCAAUA